AUGGAGCCAAGGCGACACUUCUACCGGCUAUACAAACACUGCCAUCUAUCUUUUUGCAGACCAAAAUUCUCAUCAAUUGCGAGAAUAUCAUCAAAGGUCGCAUAUUCAAGGAGAUGCGCGCACACUACAACUCUCUCACAGAAACCACGAGUCUUCCCUGGUUCGGGAUGGGAGAACAUCGACCCUUCUGUCCUAAUUGAAGAAGAGAGCAUUCCAACCUAUAAGCCCGAGAAAUUCUAUCCCGUCCGUAUUGGUGAAAUUUUCAAUCAUCGAUAUCAGGUUGUUGGCAAGCUUGGCUAUGGUUCAACUGCGACCGUGUGGCUAUGCCGUGAUCUCUUGCCAGUCAUGUCUGCGGCCGUUGUUGAAACGUUUCAGAUUCUAAAUCCCGAUGGACAUAGAAUUCAUACAUGCCUUGUGCAUCCGCCGCUAGGCAUAAGCCUCGACCAACUCACAUCACUUCUCCCUGGUAAAGUCAUGAGCAGCUCUAUGGUGAGAACUACUAUGCGAAAUAUCCUCGCGGCUCUCGACUUCCUUCAUACCGAAGCACAAGUCAUACAUACAGCGGAGGUUGAGGCUCCCGUACCCCGAAAGUCUCUUUCAGAUCGUAUAAUCUACGUCUCACGACCACUCCCUAUUUCUUUUGGCACCCCUGUGCUCUGUGACUUGGGAGAGGGUCGAUUGGGAACAGAGAACCAACAGGGUGAUAUCAUGCCGGAUAUAUAUCGCGCACCGGAAGUCAUUAUGAACAUGAAAUGGGACAAGAAAGUUGACAUUUGGAAUGUCGGGAUGGUGCCGAAGAUUUGGGAUCUUUUCGAACGUCGUCACCUCUUCAAGGCCCGAAAUGACGAGGGAAAGCUCGAUGAUGGUCAGCAUCUAGCAGAAAUGCAAGCUGUUCUAGGAAUGCCUCCUGCACAAUUUCUCGCUCGAAGCGAGAGGUCGCACCAAUUCUGGGAUGCCAACGGUGCGGUUCCGACUCCGGAUUACGAUCUCGAGACUCUGGAGGAAAGACUUGAAGACGGCGAAAAGGAAGAUUUCUUGCGAUUCCUUAGGCGCAUGCUUUGCUGGUUGCCGGAAGAACGAGCUACUGCAAAGGAGCUGUUGUUCGAUCCUUGGUUGAUGCACGGUCUUUUCAGAUAA